CGCCCGCUCCCGCACCCGCGCCCGCACCGCCGCCCAUGGUGCUGCCCGGCCCGCCCGGCAUGGCCCGCUCCGAGGAGGUGCACCGCCUCACCGAGAAUGUCUACAAGACGAUCAUGGAGCAGUUCAACCCCAGCCUCAGGAAUUUCAUUUCUAUGGGGAAGACCUAUGAAAAAGCCUUAGCAAGCAUGACAUACGCAGCAAAAGGGUACUUUGAUGCUCUGGUGAAGAUGGGAGAGCUGGCCAGUGAAAGCCAAGGAUCCAAAGAAUUGGGGGAUGUGCUCUUCCAGAUGGCAGAGGUGCACAGGCAGAUCCAGAACCAGCUGGAGGAGAUGCUCAAGUCCUUCCACAACGAGCUCCUGACGCAGCUGGAGCAGAAGGUGGAGCUGGACUCCCGGUACCUGAGUGCUGCGCUGAAGAAAUACCAGACAGAGCAGAGGAGCAAGGGGGACUCGCUGGACAAGUGCCAGGCAGAGCUGAAGAAACUUCGCAAGAAGAGCCAGGGCAGCAAGAACCCCCAGAAAUACUCGGACAAGGAGCUGCAGUACAUCGAAGCCAUCAGCAACAAGCAAGGGGAGCUGGAGAAUUACGUGUCUGAUGGGUACAAGACGGCUCUGACGGAAGAGAGGCGACGGUUCUGCUUCCUGGUGGAGAAACAGUGCGCGGUGGCCAAGAGCGCCAUCACCUACCACGCCAAGGGGAAGGAGAUGCUGACGCAGAAGCUGCCGCUGUGGCAGCAAUCCUGCUCGGAUCCCAACAAGAUCCCGGAGCGCGCCAUACAGCUGAUGCAGCAGAUGGCUGCCAGCAGCAAUGGCACCAUUAUGCCCAGCCCUCUGUCCACAUCCAAGUCCAACCUCAUCAUCUCUGACCCCAUCCCUGGUGCCAAACCUCUCCCUGUCCCCCCGGAGCUGGCACCUUUUGUAGGACGCAUGUCAGCACAGGAGGCCAUGCCAGUGAUGAACGGAGUCUCGGGCUCUGACAGCGACGGGUACAACCACUGGUCUGAGAUGAAGCCAGCACAGCCCAAAUCUUUAUCUCCUCCCCAGCCUCAGAAGCAGCUGAGUGACUCUUACUCCAAUACACUCCCAGUUCGCAAAAACGUGGCACCGAAAAACAGCUACGCCUCAGCUGAAAACAAGACACUGCCACGCUCCAGCUCCAUGGCCGCCGGGCUCGAGAGGAACGGCCGGACGAGGGUGCAGGCGAUUUUCUCGCACGCUGCCGGGGAUAACAGCACCCUCCUGAGCUUCAAGGAGGGAGACCUCAUCACCCUGCUGGUGCCUGAGGCCCGGGACGGCUGGCACUACGGAGAGAGCGAGAAAACCAAAAUGAGGGGCUGGUUUCCUUUCUCCUACACACGGGUCCUUGACAAUGAUGGCAGCGAGCGGGUCCACACCAGCCUGCAGCAAGGGAAGAGCAGCAGCACUGGCAACCUGCUGGACAAGGAUGACAUCUCCAUCCCGCCGCCGGACUACGGCAUGGCCUCGCAGGCCUUCCCUGCACAGGGCACCAACACCUUCAAGCAGCGGCCCUACAGCGUGGCCGUGCCUGCCUUCUCCCAGGACUACCUAAUGCCCUAUGGGUGUGCAAUUAAAGACUAUGCCAGUGGCCUCUGCCAAGCACCCUCCGCUCACUACAAGCCUUACACUAGGUCGACAGCUGGCCUGGAUGAUUACGGGACGAGGUCUGUCAGCAGCCCCGAUGUUGAAGUGGCCAGGUUUUGAGGUGCCCCUGCCCGUUAGUAAGUGACAUUGUCGCGGGUGCGCUGGGCAGCGGGUGACGCCGCGGGGCUGCGCGGGGACGGUGCCACCGCUCUGCUUCCCGCUGCACCAACCCCAGCGUGUCCCCUCCCUCCGCCACCGCUGUCCCCGACCCUGUGCCGAGCUCUCCGGGGCUCCCCGGCCGCCUGUGCUGCUCGCCGCGGCUGCGCUUGCCGGGAUGCUGAGCCGCUCCUGCGCUUCCCCCGCUGCCCGUAACUCGCUCUUUGGUCGCAGGUGUCCUGUCCGGUGUCCGCCGCUGUCCCCAGCCCUGUCCGGCGGGGCGGGGCACGUCCGCACUAACCGCAAGUUUUUUGAGCAGCUUUUUUUUUGUUGUAGACUCGUCCCAGGAGCCUCCUCGUCCUGGCCCCAGGGACGGGAUGCAGGAGCCUCCCCAGGAGUCCAGACCCUCCUCGCGGGCACUGCAGAGCCUGGAGAGCCCCUUCCCCGUUUCUCUUUGAUCCAUGAGCUGCUUUCCCUGGAGCUGCAGGCUCCAGCCCCAGUGGCUCUUCUCUGCCAGGACAGAAAUAGUUAAAUGAGCCCCGGGUGACUCAUCAAAGCAACUUUUCCUCUCCCUCCAGUCCUGAGAAUCUAUUUUGGCAUCCUGGGAGGGAAAGUGAUCUAAGCAUCUGCAUUAAUUAGGUGUGAAAUUAAUUACCCUAUUUUUAAGCAAAAGUAAUUUAUCUUUGAAGGAAAGAAAAGGCGAACGUGGAGAGGUGAGGGAUGGCAGAGAGGGGGCCUGGGGCUGACAGUGAGUGCCUGUCCCAGGGGGAUGGAUGUCCCAGCAUCUUCCUUUCUGCUCUGGGGACAUCCCAAAGCUUCUGGGGACAUCCCAAAGCUGCUCUGUCCAGGUGCACACAGUAACCACAGCACUUUACCUGAACCCACAUCAGGGGGAGCAGGGCUGUGCCCCACGGUGGGCAAAUGUCCAGUGGGACGUGGCGUGGGUGGUCACUGCGUCCAGCAGGGACAGGAGAUGGUGUGGCUCCCUGGGGAGGGCUGGGGACAGUGGGCAGAUGAGACAGAGGGGCUGCAGGGAGGGCAGGGGAUGCUUGGUGGCUCCCCAGGCAGCCAGAGGGACCCCCAGAGCUGCCCACACCCCCAGGAAUUGACUCCUGCUGGGAGAGGACAGAGGGACCUCCUGCAGAAGGGGUGAGGAUGCUCCCCGUGCCAAGGCAGCCCUUGUCACCUGUCCUGGCCAAGGGACAAAGGCAGCAGGAGGGUGCUGGGACACCCAGGCAGGUGAAACCCAAGGUCAGCCUGUCUGGGCUCUGGGCUCUGAGCUCACCCAGGUGUCCUCAGUCUCUUCCUCUUGGAUAUGAACUUGUCAGAGGCAGCACAAGGGCUCUGCAGGGAGCUGCCAGCUCUGCCCUUGGCCAGGAGGUGAAGCCAUAACCCCCUGCUCCAGGGCUGAUCCUGCAGUGCUCCCGUCUGUGGGAGCUGUUUGAGUCCAGCCUUGGACUCCCAGUGCCAUCCCCAGCUUCAGGCUGAAGGAGAGCGAGGUAGGAGAGCAGAACAUCCCCCUGCAGCUCAUCUCUGACCCACUGCAGCUUAGCUGGGAGGAGCUGAGCAGUGGGGGCAGCUCGGGGAGCGGGGGCAGCUCGGCCUGGGGCUCACAAGGCAGAGCUUUUCCAGUCCAAGCCCUUCCCAAACGCUGCUGUCCCGUGGUCUCGCCAGUCGCCGCUCGCUGUGCCGGUGCCCGUCCUCUGCAGGCCUCCACCCCCUGUUAACUCUUCCUUCCUCUUCCUCUUCCUCCACAGGAACCCCUUUGCCAACGUCCAGCUGAAGCCAACGGUGACAAACGACCGCUCGGCUCCGCUCAUCAGCUGAUCCGGGAGCGCUGGCGCCCGCCUGGCACUCGCCACCUCCUCCUCCUCCUCAUCCUCGCCGCUGCAUGUCCAGCUUCCCAGGACUCCAUUUUUAGGCAGAAUUUAUUAAUCCUGCUGCUUUGAAAGCCAAAGGCUCAAGCUAGUGCCCUAGUUCUCUCUUCUCUAGACUCCCUCGGUGGCAGAGGGUCGCGGCGCUGCCGUGUCACCGUGCUGCCAUGUCACCUGUCCUUAGCCUGUGCUAACGAGCGUGGUGGCACCUUCCAGAGGCAGGGCAGCACCGUCCCAGAGCUGGGCUGGCUCCCAGGCCCAGCUUGCUGUGGGUGGAGAAACGGGCUCAGCUGGAGAAAACUCUCCGUGGGCUCACAGUGCUGCAGUGGGGCAGCAGUGGCAGUGAGGUCACUGUCCCUCUGCUCUCCCUGCCCAGGCCAGGCAGGACACCAGGACACCCUGGGACAGGGCAGCUGGGCUCAGCUCGCUCCCAGAGCUGCUGCUGCGCCAGGGCUCGGGGUAUGGCAGGGAAUUACGGUACUGCUGUAAAAUAUAAGCUAGGAAAAAACCACUUGUGGAGGCCAGGGCAGUGUGUGAGUGAGCCUUGGGGUGCCCCUGCUCCCUGCAGACAGGAGCUCCCAUCCGGACCUCUUGCUUGGCUGUUUGCUCUUCCUCUAUUCCUAGGGCUGCAUGAGAGAGAGAGAUAGAUAGAGAUAAAUAUAUAUAAAUAUAUAUACACACACUUGCUAAGCUUAUUGCUGGGGGUGCCCACGAGCCAGGCGGCUCCCACAGCCCGUCCCACAGCUCCUGAGUGACCAGGGUCACAUCCUUGCUCCAAAAACAGGGAGAAGAGGGUUUCCAGGCUGGAACUGUGUCUCCCAUAGCUGAGGGGCUGAACCCGAAUGGGGUUUUUGCUUUUUCCGUUGUGUUUCUCCUUUUUGCACUUUCUGAUCGCUGGUGCAGCAUGUCCUGGUCCCCACAGCCCGGGCAGUGGGUGCUGGGCUGGGCACAGAGUCCCAGUCAGAGGUGGUGGCUCAUCUCUCCUGUGUCCCCUGGGAUGAGUUUUCCAGCUCCACUGCAGGAAAACAGCUUCUCCUGUGACCGCCAGGCUCCAGCUCUGCACGAGGGCUCCCAGCUCCACCGUGUGCCUCCUCUUCCUCUCCCAGGGCUGCAGCAGAUGGGUGGGGGCCAGGCAGGGCAGGGGUGGGGGAAAAGGCUCUGCUGGGGUGGGGGAAGAGGGCUGGUGGCCACAGCCUGGGGUGGGGACAGGCCUGGGGUCCCCUCGGCCACUGCGGUGUCCCCCGGGCACCCCAAGCUGCCACCCUGGCUCCAGCCAGCCCUGGGGGCUCUGCUGCACCUCCCGGCUCGGUGGCACCUGGAAGAAGUAACCUGAAAUAAUUUUUUUGUGAGAAAAUGUAAUUUAUGAGCAAUCCAACCUCCCCCAGCCCUCCCUCCCGCAGCGUUUUCCCUGCUCCAGGCUCCUGGAGCGUGGUUUGCCCUCCCGAGCUGGCUCCGUCCUGGGUGCUGGGCAAUGAUCGGGGCAGGAAACGGCUUAAGAUAUUUUAAAAACUUUAUUAUUGGCCCGAUGAGAUUUGACACACAUGCUGGGAGCUGUAUGGAAAUCAGCACUGAUAAAAAAUACAGCAAUUAUGACCCGUAUUGAGAAAAUAGACCAUGUAAGAAGAGCCUUUCUAUUAAAAAAGUUACCCAAGCCA